AUGGCGAAUUCAGAUGCUGGAACGAGUAGCGGCAAUGCAGGAGGAGGCAAGUAUCAAGUAUUCUUGAAUUUCUGUGGCCAAGAUACUCGAGAUGGAUUCACCAGCUUCCUUUAUCAAGACUUGAGAAAGAAUGGUAUUCAUGCCUUCAUGGAUGACGAAGAACUUCGAGUUGGCGAAGAAAUUGGGGGAGAGCUCCUGCAAGCAAUCGACGACUCCCAGAUCUACAUACCCAUCUUCUCAGAAAAUUAUGCCAGUAGCAAAUGGUGUCUCCGUGAGCUCAUAAGGAUGGUAGACAACAUAUCCAAGUCAAAGGAGAAACAAAUCCGACCCAUUUUUUUCUACGUGGAGCCAAAUCAUCUUGAAACCGAAUCAUACAGAAAGGCCAUAGGAGACCACAAGGAGGAGCACGAGAAGAAGCAACAAGAGAAGUUGCCUCACGAGCGAGAAUCCUGGGAGGGAGAAUCCUGGGAGGAGGCUCUCGAAGGUUGUUGGAAUCAAGGGCUGGGAGCUGCGAAAAGCCAAGCGGAAUUUGUGGACAAGAUAGUUGAAGAGGUUUUGCAGGAGCUGAAGAUAAAAUAUAAGUCUGUGACCAAAGAUUUAGUUGGACUUGAUCAUCGAGUGGCAAAGGUACUGGAAUUGUUGGAUCAAGUGAGGCUGCUUGGAAUUUAUGGAAUGGGGGGCAUCGGUAAAACCACUCUAGCAAGGUCAGUCUACAAUGAACUUCAUUCUCGCUUUGGAAAGUGUUGCGCCUUCCUUGCUGAUAUUCGAGAAACAUCAAAGAAGGAGGAUUUUGUCUCGUUGCAGAAGAAGUUACUAACAGAAAUUGGUAGUUCCAGUGCAGCAGAAAGUAUUAAUGAUGUUGAUGACGGAAGGAAGAAGAUAGGGGAAAUACUUGGCGGUAAGAAGGUUCUUGUUGUUCUUGAUGACGAGAUUGAUUCUGACCGUGCACUCCAAAUUCCGACUUAUGAAAUGAAAGAAAUGGAAUCUUGCCAUGCGAUCGAACUUUUCAAGAGGCAUGCGUUUCAUGGAGGUUCUCCGAUAGAGGAUUUUGAUAACCUCUCAGUGGAUAUUGUCAAUACUACUGGAGGCCUACCUUUGGCUCUUGAAGUUAUAGAUGAUUCGAAAGUAUGGGACUCACUUAAGAUGGCAAUCAAACUUAAAAGUCUAGCUCUUGUAAAAUGUCAUGGCAUUACUAGAACUCCAGACUUGUCUAAAUGCUUGGCUUUAGAGAGGUUGACUUUUGAUGAUUGUAGGAGCUUGAAAGAAAUCGACAACUCCAUUACAAUGCUAACGUGCUUGCUUGACUUGAAUAUUACCCAUUGUGGGCUCGUUGAUUUGUGCCUAAUGAUAUUGGAAGCUAAAGAAGCUUGA